UCUGUGGUUCAAAAUUAUCUUUACUACUGUCAUUGUACAGAGCCUCGUGUCAACAUAUUAUUGUAUAGAACAAUAAUUUUUCCCGUUUUAGUACCAGCAAGUCAAAAUGAUUGUGAAUAGUUCAGUAGCAUUAUUCGUAAUUGCGAUGUUUUUCCAGCAUUCUCAUUGUAAACCAACACAUCGAUUUAUUAGAGAAAAUAACAACGAAGGUGAGCCUAGAAUCAAUAAAAUUAAAGAAUUUUUAAGCCAGAUACCAGGAUAUGGAUCAUUUGGUUCCACAUCUCAGUCAGAAUCGUCUUCAACGUCAAACCAACCAGAUUCAUCAACAUCAUAUCAGGAAGAAACUGCAGCUGGGCCUGAACCAGCAGAAACUGAGGUACAGUCUUCCAUAGUGGCUAGAGAUGGGAGUGCUUCAUCGACUGGAUUUCCGUCUUAUACAAAUUACAUGCCAAGUCAAUUUAGCCAAUACCAGAAUCAAGUAUCUCAAUCGAUAAACCCAGGUCAAUACUUGAAUUAUAAUUCUGCGGGUGCAUCAGGAACAAAUUAAAGUUAAUGAAUAAUGUAGAGCCCAGAAUACAUAAAAUAUACAUUGUUAAAAAAAUAUAUAAUUUAAAAAAAAAAAGUGUUUAUAGAAAAAUUAACAUAUCCGAUAUUCUACCUAAAUAGUUAUAGAAUAAAAUCUAUGUCAAAAAAAUUCUAUCAUAAAUAAUAAAUAUUAUACUACAGCGA